AUGAGUGAAAAGGACCAUCAUGUCAAGUGGGAUGAAACCAACUUGGAGUACAACGAGCAGAACAAGUGUGCAACUAUGAAAAUUGACGAACCGCCUACUCCUUUUAACUUCGAAUAUUGCGAAGAUGAAGUGGAUGAAGAGCAUGCAGCCAAAGCAUCCUUGUCUUUUGCCGACCAGUGGAAGCGCGAGGGGAUGGAUGAGAUUAUCAACGACCCGGAGAAGUUGAAACCGUCGUUUGAAGCCUCGGAACCAACCGAGGAAGACCUUGCGGAGAAGAAGAAGAAAUUCGAAGAGAUUCGCAAAGAGCACUAUCGGAUCAAGAAUCCGCUCGCAAAUCAUGUUCAAUUCAACGAAGACAACAAUGAAGAGCACGAGGUAGAGGAUGAGAAACAAGAAGAGGAGGAUGCUGAGACCAAGCACGAACUCUUCGUCAAGAAAAGGAAGGCGUUCUAUGCCGAACAAGACCGUGAAGCAGCUGAGCGAGCCAAGGCCAUGGAAGCUGACGGAAUGGCCUCCGAGGACUCCGAGGGGAAUGACUGA